UCGUUCCUGCCAGUAUCGUCCCUCUUGACUUCCCAGAGGUACAUAAACCGAAGUAACGUUAGAGCAUCCAUGUUGACAGGGCAGGAUCUCGAAGAAGUACAGCCGCCUUGCAGUCGACUCUGAGCUUUGGAAAGCCGCCUACUAUCGAACGUUCGUCCUCCCCCGCGCAUCCCGCAUCCCCGGCAUCAAGAGCCCCGGCGCACACGACCGCUUGCACUACUCUUCAAGAUUGUCGAGAUGGCUGGACGACGGCGCGUUAGUCAAGAGUGGCGCGAAUACCAAGUGGAAGCAGCAAUAUCGCUUGCGCCACAACUGGUCGCAGGGGAAAUGCGCCGUCAGUGAGAUUGUAGUCUCUGAACGGCCCCCAGAACCGCCCUUACUGGUCAUGCUGUCGAAUAGCACAAUCUUCGCGGCAGACUCAAUAGGCGGACUGAGAGCGUGGGGCGUGAAAGAUGGGCGCGAAUUGCUUGCAUCAACACCGUUCAGUGCGACUGCGACAGACAUCCUGCAACCGCCCGUGGCCAUGGCUAUCGAUUCGAAUGAAGCAAACGAGGGGUGCGAAAGAGUCGUUCUAGGCUUCGAAGAUGGGUCAUUCUCUAUAUAUGAACUACGGCGGAGCUCAAAACAGUUUGACAUUCUGUUCACCCACCCACCUUCAUCGAACGGAAUGCUGUCGGCCCUGGCCAUGUCUUCGCCGUAUCUUCUCACUAUGACAGAAGAUCACCUUCUAUCGCUGUACACGUUCGAAGAAGAGCAGAGACAGUCCGCACAUCUGAACCCUCCGAGGCUUCUAUACUCGUUGCGGUCUCACACAGCCUGGCCUCCCGUAUCUCUGUCCUUGCGCACAACAGCGACAAGCAUGACAGCCGCAAUCGCAUAUUCACUACCUACAUAUCUAUCCGGCUGGACAGUCGGCGUCCAGGAGCUGAAUCUCUCGCACAAGGGCGAGCUGCUUGGGUCACGACUAGCGACAGCAGCUGAUGAGCACUCCUUCACGCUCUCAAACUACCUACCACUGUCUUCACCAUCGACUCGCUCAUCCUCUCCACCGUCCGGCACACCCCGCGAGCCUCCAGCCGUGGCUGCUCCGAGCAACUCCAAACCAACCUCCAUGUCCUAUUCGCAUCCAUACCUACUGGUAGCCCACCCAGACAACACCCUGUCUCUCUAUCUCGUCAAGUCUACUGCAUCCACCCUAUCCAUCGGUCCGGGUAACCGCCUUUGGGGCCAUACAUCUUCAAUUUCAGGCGCACACGUUGGCAUGCGCGGUAAGGCCGUGUCUGUCAGCAGACUUGGUGAUGAAUUACGAGUCUGGGAUCUAGAAGGCGGGACGGCCUCACUUGCAAAUCGGCGGCGAUUCAGAAACGGCGAAUUGAGCGUCAGGGUACAGCCAUCGAAGAUUAUGGAUGAUGCUCAGGACGCUCAAGAUGCCGAGAGUGAACGAAACAUUGGACUGAAGUCUGCGCUUGAACAGAGCUUCGACGACUCGAGUGUAAACCGAGGCUGGGUCGGCUUCGACGAGCAGAACGUCAUCGUGCUAAAGCAGAGGAGUGAAGGGAGCCAGGCCCUAGUCGUAUAUGACUUCACAUAGACGCAUCUCACAUAGUAAUGAAG